UGAGGAGCCGCUGCUGCUCCUGCUGGCCGCCUCCAGCCAUGGCGUCCGUGUACGGCGGAGCCCACACACUCAGUAAGGAUGAUGUGAACUACAGGAUGCAUUUCCGAAUGAUCAACGAGCAGCAGGUCGAGGAUAUCACCAUCGACUUCUUCUACCGGCCGCACACCAUCACGCUGCUGACAUGCACCGUGCUCAGUCUGAUGUAUUUCGCCUUUACGAGAGAUGAUGGAAAUCCUGAUAAUAAUGUCUGGGUGGGGCUCAUUCUGGUCAUCUCCUUCUUCCUGAUCAUCAGUGUUUUGGCAUUUCCUAAUGGGCCGUUCACCAGACCACAUCCAGCAAUAUGGAGAAUAGUUUUCGGCCUCAGUGUCCUCUACUUCCUCUUCCUGGUUUUCAUCAUCUUCCUCAACUGGCACCAAGUGAAGCAGCUGAUGUACUGGUUGGAUCCCAACCUGCGCUACGCCAAGAGAGAGGCGGACAUAAUGGAAUACGCCGUGAACUGUCACGUCAUCACCUGGGAGAGAAUCCUCAGCCAUUUCGACAUUUUCGCGUUCAGCCAUUUCUGGGGUUGGGGCAUGAAGGCCCUGCUCAUCCGGAGCUAUGGCCUGUGCUGGACCAUCAGUAUUACGUGGGAGCUCACAGAGCUCUUCUUCAUGCAUCUGUUGCCUAACUUUGCUGAGUGCUGGUGGGACCAAGUGAUUCUGGAUAUUCUGCUGUGUAAUGGAGGGGGAAUCUGGCUUGGCAUGACUGUCUGCCGCUUUUUGGAGAUGAGGACCUACCACUGGGCCAGCAUUAAGGACAUCCACACCACCACGGGGAAGAUCAAACGGGCCGUGCUGCAGUUCACCCCGGCCAGCUGGACGUACGUGCGCUGGCUCGACCCGAAGUCCUCCCUGCAGCGGGUGAUGGGCGUCUAUCUGUUCAUGAUCAUCUGGCAGCUGACGGAGCUGAACACAUUCUUCCUGAAACACAUUUUUGUCUUUCCUGCGAGUCACGCUCUGAGCUGGUGUCGCAUCCUGUUCGUGGGGAUCAUCACCGCCCCGACAGUGAGGCAGUAUUAUGCGUACCUCACAGACACGCAGUGCAAGAGAGUUGGGACUCAGUGCUGGGUGUUCGGGGCAAUCGCCUUCCUGGAGGCCUUGGCAUGCAUUAAAUUUGGACAGGACUUGUUUUCAAAAACACAGAUCCUCUACGUGAUCCUCUGGCUGUUGUGUUUGGCCUUCAUUACAUUCCUGUGCCUCUAUGGAAUGGUUUGGUAUGCAGAAACAUAUGGCCCACGGGGAAAGAGCCUCUCAGAAUGCGAGGACAGUAUUUACACGGGGCUUGCGGACCAUGUGUCAGAAGGAUUUAAAGCGGAGCCAGAGGUGGAUGGCGACAGCCCCACAACCAGGCGGAGAACCAAGGACUCGGGAAAAACCAAAUCUGUCAACGGCCUCGACAGCCAGUAGGAACUGUAGCUGCUGGGUGGCGCCUGAACUCACUCUGAAGGAUUAUGAGUUGGAAAAAAAACAACAAAAAACAAAGAAAUAAAAUUAAAAAAAAAAAAAAAAAAAAAAGAAUGGGGGUAAAGUUAUGACCACUUCCUGGUGCAACUGAAGUCUAGAAGGCCCCUGCAGCAGGAGGAGCGGGGACAGCCGAGGCUCAGGUGGAUGAUCGGGUCCAGGCAGUGUUAUAAGGAGUGCACGGUGGCGGCGAGACCACAGACGUGCACAGUGAACUCUGUGUUGUUACGGUCAUGAAAAGCUCCUAAACCACUAAUCACAGGUUUCUUUGUGCGUGAGAGAGAGUCUGAAAGAGUGGGGCCGUGCGAGUGCGUGAGAAAAAGAGGUGGCGACAAGAAAAAAAAAUAAAUAACCACCCACUCUAGAUGUGACUGCAUGAUCAUUGUAGCUGAUAAACUAUAAUUUACAAACAUUUAUCCUAUGAUACAGUAUCAUUGAUGACUAAUGUACAUUUCACUGGUUGACUCCAGUAUGUUGGUUCGACACAUUUCAACGUUCAAAGCCAUUGUUGUUGAAUUUAUCAUUUUAAUUAGAGCCUCAAUGUUUAUAGCACAGAGAAGCUAAAUUUUUUUUGUUUGUUUUGUUUUAUAAAUAUCUGUCAUUGAUAGUAUAUUGACACAGAUGUUCACUAUUGUAUGUUUUAACUUGAAUGUGGAUGGGAUUUCAAUGCAAGACGACUUCAGCUCGGUAGCACCAUCGACUGAGGUUUGCGUUUGAUCGGUAAACAGAGCAGAGCACACAGUUGAAGCACUUUGCAGAAUGUUCUCUUGAAAAUACUGUACAUUUUUGUAAUUGAGUAUUUAGUGAAUCCUUGUGACCCUGAGUGGUUUUACUCUCCCUGUCCAUCUGUGGCUGCUAUCAUUUUUUUUUUUAUUAAUAUUAUUGACCGUACUGAUUUAAACAAAAAAAAAAAAAGAGGGCAAUUAUUCUAAUUCCUGCAUGUGAUGCCAGGGACUCCAGGACUGUGCAGGCGACCUUAUCUUGUUGUGGCAUAUAUUUGCAUUUGCAUGGCUGUGUCAAAUCAGAUCAAGUGUUUUACUAGGAAAAUGUUACAAAAGUAGUUGAAAGAGUCUGUUUUACACCACACAGCAGUACACCAGUGUUUUGUCUCUCAGUGUAACAUUUUAAUUCACCCACCGUGCCUGUUUGCAUGUUGUUGUUUUUUUGUUUGUUUGUUUUUGUAUUUCUGACAUUUCUCAAUUUGUAUAGGCUAAAUUUGGGCUUUUGCAUUUGAUUUGUUUGGCCCUGAGUGCUUUAAUGAAGGUUUUUCUUUUCAUUUGCUCUGCCAGUAUCAUCUCAGCACAGAUAUAUUCCUCAUAACCCUCGACAAUCCAGACGUUGAGCUUUGCAUCUUGGACCAGGCUCCUGUGCAUAGUACACACUAGAAAUGGUACAUUGUCUUUGGAUUUAAAUGUCAUUUGCCAAAAAAAAGAA